GGCACAACCACAAUGACAUUCACGCUCCGGCUCGACAACCAAAAGCCCGGCCGCAUUCCACAAGUCAAGCUAGUUCGUCUCAUAAACAUGCUGAUUUACCAAGACUAGUAAAGUUUUGGACCCCAGCCAGGUAUCUCAAAGAUGAAGCUAUCUUGUAGUGCCACGACCUUGCUGGUCAAACUUUUCCCCUUCCUCCUGCCUAUCACAUGUGAGGCGGCAUCGGACAACCACCGUGUAGUGAUCUAUUAUCAGACAACCAACUUCAACAGCUCGGCAGACAGCCACAUAUCACUGCUACCCCUGGUGGAGAGCGCACCCAUCGCGGUAACUCAUGUUCUCGUCUCCGCACUUCACUUGGACGACACGGACGGAAUCCAUCUAAACGACUUUCCGCCGAACAACACGAGAUUUGACGCUGUGUGGAGCGAUGUCGCAACUCUACAGAGCCAAGGCGUCACCGUGAUGGGCAUGCUCGGCGGUGCCGCGGCGGGUUCGUUCACGCGCCUGGACGGCGACGACGAGCAGUUUGAGAAGUACUACGGCCCGCUCAAGGAGACGAUCGGGACGUACAACCUGCAGGGUCUCGACCUCGACGUGGAGGAGGACAUGUCGCUCAGCGGCAUUGUCCGGCUCAUCGACCGCUUGAACUCGGACUUCGGUGACGACUUUGUCAUCACGCUCGCGCCUGUGGCUUCGGCGCUGCAGGAAGGUGGCGGUAACCUCAGCGGGUUCAGCUACACGGAUCUCGAGGCACAGCGCGGUGGCGAGAUCGACUUCUACAACGCGCAGUUCUACUCUGGCUUCGGAAGUGCGAGCUCUACCUCAGAUUACCAAGAUAUCGUCGACUCCGGGUUCCCCGCGGACAAAGUUGUCUUGGGCCUGCUGACGAACAGUGCCAACGGCAACGGGUUUGUGGCACUCGCCACCUCGGGGGGUGUCAUUGAGGAUCUUGUUACAGAGUACCCCGAGUUUGGUGGUGUUGCUGGUUGGGAGUACUUCAAUAGCUUGCCUGGUGGCACAUCUGCACCUGAGGAGUGGGCAGCUUGGGCAGCCGAGCACCAGGCUGCUGCCAACACGGUAGACACAUCGAGCGCCAAGUUCAAGGCCACAAGAGCUGCGCACGAUACUUGGCAUGUUGUCAGGCGGUGGUCCAGACAGACUUGGAGGUGGUUGAAGUAGAUUUAAUUUUCAUUCCCCUAGCGGCAGACAAGCAAGCAUGUAUGCGAAGACUGGCUCACUCGUCAAGUUGGUGCCAGCGGGGCUGUUCAACCCAGUAUUAUAUGAGCAAGGAACUGUAUAAUACCCUGAUCCGGUGGUGGCUGAGUAGUACCCAGU